AUGCCUGAUGUUUUUGCAUUUAAGGGAAGUCAUGAUGAGUCAAGUUCCUCUGACGAGGACGACAAAAAUCAAGGGUAAGAAAUAACCAUUGAACGUAAAAUUCUUCCAAAAAAGUCACAACUAAACGUUUGGAGCGAUGAAUGCGAAAAAUUAACUGUCUUUUUUUCUUUGAUUCUUUGUCAGUGUAAAAAUAAAACAGUACCUUCGAACGUUCCUAAUUCUUCUAGGAUAUGUAAGCAUCAAACUUUAAAACUAGUUUUCACGUUAGCUCAAUUUUUUGUUUUUGAAAUCUGAGAUUUUAAUUAGGGAAAACAAGAUACCGUGGAAAUAGGUAACCGCUAAAACUUGAAUUCUUAUGAAUACUUUAUCGUUAAAAGACCUGGUAGGUUCAGUUUCGAAACAACGUUCCUGAAUUACCUGUGUUUGAUGUAAUUUAGUGACGCCACUGAACCAAUGGCCAUAGAGAUUGAUGAACAGGAGCCGCCUGGUGAGGGUUACAUGUACUCCCUUGAAACGGAGUCGUUUUUUCAACAGGUAAGUUGCUUUUAUCAUCUGUAAGACAAUAAAUGAAUCUUUUGUGAUCUAUAUCGGUUAAACAACAGUAAAGUCUCUGACAGAAUUAUUUCACGUUAACUAGAAAUAAUCGUAGAAGGCUGGUUUUCAGGAUCGCUAAAUAAAAUCUUCAGCGAUCACUGCGAUAUACUCAAGAGGUGUAAAAAUAGGAUCAUAUGAGUUCUAACUUUGCCAAUAACGAUGGAACUGAAUCGAAAUUUGGUACGACGUGAGAUUCACCUCCUAAAAAUCCCGGGUAAAAUAAAAAUUCAAAUCAUCAUUACUGUUUUAAGUCAAGUUAAAAUCAUCGAUAAAAUGGUGACGGAAUUAACACUUGGCAUGACCGUUUAUUGCAACUCAAUAAACAAUUUCGAAGGCAAAUGUCCUUAGUCUUAAAUUAUUCAAAACUUUAAUUGUAAAGUUCAAGAAGAAUGAUUUCAAACGUAGAAGGUAAAAUUUUGUUUAUCCUUCAUUCGCCACCGUUUCGCCUUCAUUGUAACUUUUUGUACCACGUGAUAUGCCAGGUGACUAUAAUUAGUUAACUUUAAAGCAGAAGACCACAUCACUAAAGUGGAACUCGACAACCGCUGGGCCAUCAAAUCCCGGUCGUAGUAUUACCGGAUUAUCGUAUUCCCUGGGUCUUCAAGAAAUGAUGAUAAAAAGUGAUUCCUAGUGUUUUUCACGGAUGCGUCGUGGUCGUAUAAACGGGAUGGUCUUAUAGUGAGGUAGUCGUAAGGCGGGGUUACACUGUACUUACAUUUGGGGAUGAUUUCAUCCCGUAUAUAUACAAGCAUAAGCGGUCAAGUAUUGUUUCUUCUCAGAGUCCAGAGAGGGAAAGGGAGGAGGAGGAGGAAGACAAUGAGGGUGAAAGACAAGCUGUGGUUGAAGGCGAGGCUGCUGUUCAGAAUUGGGACCAAGAGUUUGAUCAGCCCGUUUGGUAAGAACCGUAAAAGUUAGCGUAAAUUUAUCAGUAAAUUGACGCGUAUACACGUAAGAAAAUAGUCUGGUCUGGUGCGCCAGAGUGUUCUGAGAGAGUUUGCGCCAAAGAAUAACUUUCUUAAGGUACAAAGAUAGAAGUAUCAUAAAUUGGAAAUUAAACACUUUCUCUUCUUCUACUCAUAAGAUAUCGAACCUCGCCCGAUGGCAACUUCCGUUUGCAAAUGGUAUCGUCUAAAAUGCAUACACUAAACCCUUUUCUUUGCUCAAUGAAAACUUUUUCUUUGAAAUAGUCUUUUUGGGGCAUUUCUUAAAACGUCUGGGCAGAAGAGACAAUGCUGUGGACCCCAAACCCAAAACCACUUUCUACAAAUUUAUUCGUGUUAAAGUAAAUUAAAAAAAUAGACACAUCAAAAAAUAAAACACAGAAUAAAAGAAAAAUGCGUGCUCUCCCUUGCUCCUUUCCAAAGUGCAACAUUGUACCGCUGGUGAACGAAUAAAACAUUGGUAGGAGGAUCGAGAACACGAAGACCUCAUUUGACGAAAAUAAUUAUAUUAACACUAGCAAUAAUGAAGCUUCAGCGUCUCAAAAUAACCUGUUGGGCGAACUUGCUUCUCUCGAAUGUUACGCUUGAUAUAUAGCCUCUCCUCGACCACGUGCCUUUUUUUUUAGGUCUGAGAAUUUAACCGUAGAAUCUGAAAGAAUGCGUGGUCAUUACCCACAGGUAGGUACUUUGCUACUUAGCCUAACGAUACAACAUUCAAGGGUCUUGAGUGUAAAAAGGAAGUUGUGUAGCCGUCCUGUUUUGAACUCAGAUAUCGUGGUCACGUGCCCGUUUCUCGAAAGUAUCGGUAACUUUCCAUGACCGAGGCCAUAUCUGAAGAAUGGUAGUGUGUGUUUUGGCCCUUAACAAGUCCAUCUUGAUACUUUAUCUGAUAAUUUUCGAAAAUAUUAAAACCUUGAGUUUGAAUGUAAACACGGCAAACAUAAAACAGCCUUCCGGGCCCGUCAAUUACAUGGUCCUUUGAGAAACCGGACUCUCAGGUCAGAAUAAAGGCUGAACUUCUCUUUUGGGUCUUAGGACCAUGUGCCAAUUAAGAACACUAAAACUGCGCCUUAGAUCCAUUUAAACGUCGCAUUUCACAUGUUCCGAAUUCAAUUCGUGAAUUAAGUGUAUGUGAAAUGCGACGUUUGAAUCAAUUAAAUUCCACAAUAAAUACAUCCCCUUUCGCUGAAUUAGCGACUAAAACAGUCGAAGAUUCUACUUUAGACGUGAUUAUCAUUACAGUGAAACCCCGCCUUACGACCACCUCGUUAUUACGGCCAUUAUUUUUUGGCCGCCUGGCGAAAACCGCCAUCUAUUUUCUUGUAAAAAAGACCCUCGUUAAUACGGCCAAAUUUUUUUGGCCCAUUGGUCACCGUGUUAACGGGGUUUCACUGUAUAAUUAAUUAUUACCCACAAUUCCCGUAAAUGCCAUGCACAGAACAGUCUAAACAAAGAUCGAAAAAUGGCGGGAGGUGAAGCAGUGUUGUACUUGCUUCUUGAAGACAAAGUAUAUCAACCUUGUCCCCAGGGCUUAAAAAUAUGGUUGACAAUACAUGUAUACUGAUUUGUAUGACGUGGGAUAAUAUCUUAUGUACACACAGAGGUGCUCGGUUUUUACGACAAGUAAUAACCGCUCAGUAGACAUCCUCGUCCGGCAAAGUAGUUGAACCAGGCCUUGGAAAAUAUCCAAAAAACGUUUCAGAUUCUAACUUAAAUUUCAUUAUACUUUUUAACAGGAACAACAAGACGUUGAUCCUUUGGCUAUAUUUUUUCUGGCACUUUUCUUAUAUUUAUGUCGUAAUAAUCCAAGAAGACUGAUGGAACUGGAUUAAAUCUUGAACAUUUAUUGUAAUAACCAGUUUAUUAAAAGAUUUGUAUAAAUAAACUUGUAUUUAAAAAAUUUGGAUUGCCUCUAUUGUACUGGUGGAACCGCUUUACUUUUACUACAGCGGGUUGUCUUUUAAGGACUACAGCGAAGAUUUUAAUUCUGUAACAACUUUUGAUAGAAGAAAAACCCCUGGCUUUGUUUGUUUAGCUUAAGGUGAAUGUUAUAUCCACUGAUUUAGUAAUGCAUCACAGGACAGGGUUUUCAAUUAUUAUCAUUGAUCCACUUAAUAACAAUUUGUACAAUGGAUGGUGCUAUCCACGCGUAAACUACUGAGGCUUGUUAUGAAAAACGGUUGGUUAAAAUACACAAAAACAGACUUUCUUAGUCUUCGUAGCUGACGGGAUUAGCGUGGCAGUGCUGUAUUGGUUUGGCGGCGGAGCCGCGAGAAGAGUGCACUGUAAUUUUUAGGGAGUUAUUUUAACUCCAAAAAUGGAGUAAAAAUGUUAGGUACAGGAUAACCCCUUUUUGGGGGUUACUUUAACUGCUAAUUUAACUCCGAAUUUGGGGUCAUUUUCACUCCUGAAAAAGAGUUCUUUUUACUCCCAGUCUGGAGUUAAAAUAACUCCGAAAUGGGGUUAUUUUUACUCCUUACAUGGGUUGUUUUUACUCUUUUGGAGUUAAUUUAACUCUGAAAGUGGAGUAAAAAUUUUAGGUACAGGAUAACUCCUUUUUUGGGGUGAUUUUAACUCCUCAAAAAACUGGGGUCACUUUUACUCCUGAAAAAGAGUUCUUUAAACUCCUUUUUGGAGUUAAAAUAACUCCCAAAAAGGAGUUAAAUUAGCCUCACUAAAGGGGUUAUUAUAACUCCUUGAAAAUUACUGUGUGUGUACAAGUCAAUUUGAAAUCCCGCCUGCCACAAUUCUUGGGUAUUGAAGAGUCCGCAUCCACGCGUACGGGAGUUUCUAAUUGGCUAAGAGGCGAUAGAACGUCAAUCAAAUUAUAAUAUUAAUAUCUCUACUAUCUGAUUAUCUCCCAAGAUCAAGUUAGUGCGCUCAUGUGCAUAUGAAAUAAAAUUGGGCAACCAAACAUAAGAUUUGCGCUUGAAUAAGUGUUUACGUAGGUUGCCAAAGUAGAGCAAGGGCUCGACCACUCAGGGGGUACCGCUACUUCGGGACAAUUUCAGUUUGCUAAGAAAAUAAACCUCACUGAAGCCCCAUUGAUACCAAAUCAACUUAGUUUGUUAAACCAGGUUUUAUAAAAAGAAAAUUGGUCACAGAAAACUAAAAGACUGGCUGUCGCAUAGCAUUCGAGUAAGCUUUGAGCUGUGCUUAUAUUUGCGCUAAAAUUGUCGUCGACCAACAUUAGUUAGCUACUUUUGUGAAGAAAACAAUUCUGAAUGUAUUUCAAGGACUUAACAACAAAGAGCACUAUCAGUGCUAGUGGUCAGUGGUUGUUCAGUGGGCGCAUGCUUAGUAGUGCGCUACAUCGUUCACGUGACAUAUUAUUAAAUACCUAGGCAUUCAACAUUCCAGGUGUACAAACGUAAAUUUUAUCUAGGUUUUCUGAACGAAACUGAGUACUUCCGCUACGUGCUUAAUUAGUACACGCCACUGACUUUCGGAAAAGUUCGAGACAAACCAAAAUGACUUGUGCAAAACCGCACAAAAUAAAUUGUAUGUUUAGACCUUUAUAACGCAGGUGCGCAUUACAAGCACUUCUUAAUUAUUUUAAAUCACUUUGUCAUGUUUUCCGUGUUUAUAUCGCAUGCGUGAACAACUCUCCUGUAGCCAGUCAAAACAAAAAAACAUUUUUCCCAAAAUAACCCAAAUACGUUUUCUAAAAAUGAAACAAAACAUUAAUAUGAAGAUAUAUUUGGACGACUACUUCAAUGAGUAUGAAAUAAAAACUUGAUCAAGAUUCACACUUGAAUAAGCACAAAGUACCGCAAGAUAUGAUAUUUGGUGAAAAUAAGCCCUGAAAUGACAAAUAAUGAAAAAUCACUAUCGUCUGCAGCCAGGACCCUGGACCUCUCUUUUGCUUUCAAUUUGCAAACGUUCUGCUUGAUCACUCAUUUAUGCCGUGAAACGGGUUUAAAUUGAUGCAAAGGUAAAAGAAUGGCACAGGUAGAUGUGAAUUAUCAGUGAUAUACACAGAUUUUAAAAAGACGACUGUGCCACAGUUUCAGGGUUGUACAAGCUCAGAAAGACAAGAUUAGAUUUAAACAGUAAUGAGCCCAACUUAAAUGCAACUUAACCGACGGAGCGAAAAAUGGCAGUAAUGCGUUGUAACACUCAAAUUUUAUCUUUCAGUUUUCUCUUCGUUUACUUGCAUAGAUAUAGACCAGAGUCAACUCUAACCCACUCCUUCGAUUCACCGACCUUUAGCGCCAGUAAUUUAAACGAAGUUUAGCCAGUGUUUAACAAAACUAAGGUCUUCUAAGCCAUUUUCGGUUUGCCGAAGGCUUUAAUGUAAACACCAUUUAUUGUAAAGAGUUUCAUGAAUGCAUAUGGCGAAGACUAGAACUGAAAGCAUUUGCCUUUUUAAAAUGACCCACUAAGAAAGAGAUCUGGAGGUCCUAAGAUUUCCUAAAGCGCGGUCUAAGUUAGACUUCGUUUUAAUAACCGACCCUUAUAGCUUAAGGGCCGCUCAAGCACCCUUACAGGCUACGCUGCGCUUUAAAAUUGUUCGUCGUAUAAAAGUAUAAGAAUCAAACGGAUCAAAAAGUCUAUGAAUAAAAUUAAACAUCAUAAUUAUCAAUAUGUAAAGACUUGCAAAUCUGUAAGUGCAGUGUCUGCUUUAAGAGUCCCACUGUUUUCUGUUAACCUCACUGUUUACCAAGCUUAAUUGUUUUAACUAACAUUACGCUGUCUGAGGUCUACCCUGCGAGCAGAGGUUUCUCUCUUGCAUGGCUUUUAGCGUUUACGCGUAAACAAACCAACUACGCGACAGAUAAGACACGCGAAUGACUUCGUAAACGCUAGAAGCCAUGCAAGACAGAAACCUCUGCUCGCAAAAUAUCUGAAGUCCGAAACAGAUGCCAACGCAGUUAGAUAAUCGAAUAAACAACUACAAGCUCGACGUGAUGAAUUAUUAUAACGAAUUGAGUUGGCCAAAUAUGGAAGUUACCUAAUAUCAUAUGAACGCAUUAUCCAGUCACAUGAGAACAUUUCAACCAUUCAACCGAGUUAUAACAGAGGUCAGAAAUUUCACAUUCGUUCAUACCUUCAGGAUAGAUUAGGCCAUUUUUGUCUAUACAAUGAAAGUUUUUUACAACUUGCUUUUUCGUCAAACGUUCAAACUGCUUUGUCACAAACACUAUGGAACGGUCGACCUCUUUAUUUCUCUACUGAACUGAACUUCCACAUCACGUAACUAUGGAAAACAAGACAAACUAUGAACGACAAUAUGGUAAUAUCGACGGAUGUCUGUCGAGUAUAACCAGAGAAAUCAACGUCAAUCGGAUCGAAAGAUACUUCCAGGAAGAAGUGAAAUGGAUUGAAAGGUAAGGGUAACUUUAUGGAUACCGAAAAACUCAAGUACUUUGAUCAGUCGUUUUUCUGUUGACAUUUGAUGAUGAUGCUGUAGAUCAUCCCGCGUCCUGACUCUGUUGAAAAGUUCGCUAACAAAAACAAACACUGUUUGGACUGCAAAUUAUUCUGGUAUAAUUACAAAGAAGCGUAGCCGUUAAGACUCAGAUUCUUCAGUUUAGAAAGUGAUCAAAAGCGAUCUGAGACCCUCAUCUAACUGCGUAACAAAGACUCCUUGUUUUUCAGGUACGUAGACGUCACGAGUGACCGCCUACUAUUACUUGACCUGAAGUAUGAGAUUGUCUUCGAAACUCAACCGCAACUGUGACUCAGAGGUUUUUUACGGUCAUGGUUUCACUGGUAAACAACACUAAACGGAUGCACAUAUUCUUCAACUACGGUUCUCAAGAGAACGGGGCGUCACGGUUUAAGCCCGUUUGUUCCGUACAGAGCCUGGACAAAUCUAUCGCGUCCCGCACUACACAGCCAGAAACCUCUUCUUCGCAAGCAAACUAGUAUCCAUCACUGUACCAAGUUGUUAAGAAGGAAGAGGACAAAAUGGAAAGGAAUAAAUGUUUAUAUGAAACCGAUAAGAGUGCCCAUGCGUGCAGGCAAGUUUACCGCUGACUGAAGCACGCAGCACAACACUUUGAACGUUCCUUGGCACAACUAUAACCUCCGAAAAGCUACCUCAUCGUUGGAUUGAAAUAGUUUCCCUUCGCUUCACAAAAGGUAAGAAAAAGCGAAAUUUACGGAAAUGAAAAACUCGUAAGUCCAGCCGUUGAUAUUUUGCAAACAAGUAGAAAAGCUCUUGAAGAUAAUUUACCAACAUGAGAAAGCAUACGUACUUUCUUAUUUGUUUUCGCACAGCUGUGUGACCUCGUCUAACAUGAUAUUCCGAACAAUAUCUAGGGAACAUUUAUCUAAGCUAAACACUUUAUACGAUAAAACUGGAGGGAAAGCGUAUCUUUUUAAUUGUAUUCUACAUAUUUAACUUAUAAAGAGAUGUAGUCAGCCAAGGCAGUGUCAAAGCGAAAAGUGUGAAACGCGAUGGCCACUUUAUCGACGUAGCGCCCAAAACUUCACAACGAAAAUUAUCCUGUUACUAUAUGCACGAAGUCCGCAGUAUCAAAAAUGUCGUACGGGAAAAUGCUUUCGUCUCAUGAGUGUCAUACAGUACUGGAAGUCUGAUGUUACUUUAGAACAACUUGUAAAAGUAAUUCGCAGGUUGAACUACUGGCAAAGAAUGCCUUAUCACAUGUUUGCUUUAACAAAUCUUGAUACAACUCCAAUUCUUGCUUAUUUCAGUAGAGAAUUCAUAACAUAGAAACUAAAGCACAGGCAGUAUCAUUGUUAACCAUGAAGCGUACAAAUACAUCGUUGAGUACGCCAAAUAUUUAGUCCAAGUUUUGAAAGCAUUACAAAUAAACAAAGGGAGAGCUUGAAUCUUUCCUCGCGUAAAGAACAAAGCUAAAUGGAAACAGCCAAGGGCUUUUAUUUUAUCAGGGUUUAGCUACCACCUGUACAACUUAAACGCAACACUGUGUCAACGACAAAUUUGUACAUUUAACACUAAAAUGAUCAUUUUAAGUACCCUCGGAAAUAGGGUUUCCACCAGUACCGCAACUUACUAUGCAGAGCGAUUGUCAAAUUCCACCUUAUUUGUGAAAAAAAGUAACAGUUACAAGACCAUCCGCGAAAUUUAUCAGGCCUAAAAUUUGAUCUCUCAAAGCACACAAGCCGACGAGAUUUGACAGCAAAAAGAAUCCCCUUAUUUGUUUGUUUAGGGAUUUCGAUGCCUUGUGUUUGGAAAACGGAAAUUACUAAAUUGUUCAAUAUACACAGCUGUGUCGCUGUGUCUAAGUAAUCAGAUGGCUGAUCAAAUAUCAAUUUAUAAUAGCUCAGAUUAAUUUCACCCGGAUUUUUGAAUAAUGCGAUAAUCUCAAAGGUAAUGAUAUCAGCCCACCAAUUAGCCCUCUCAAGCAAAAUAACACUCAUCAGGCAUGUGGGUCGCCUUGCGGAAUUUAAAAAAAUAACCAUUCGAGGGUGAAACCUACUAUUGUGACAAACAAUUAAUCACUGAUAUCCUGAAGGUACUUACUUUUGAAACGCAAUGCAGGAACUAAUCGACCAUGUUGCGCUUUUAUUGCAUGUCUGCCCACGAAGAAUACAACAAAGACCAGUGUUUGUGAUGAGUGUGCAAGGUUGUAGAGACGUGUGAACAAAGGGGAAUGAAGUAAUAAAAUAAUAGUGUCAAUUUUUUUGUCUUUUCAGUCCGUAUGGCGGAACCUAAAAAGGUAAGACCCUACAAUUUUUAAAGAAGCUUGAAUUUUCAAUAAUAUUGUACCUACAUCAUAAUGUGAUGUUGGGUUUUCAAGUUACAGUAAUUUUGCGACUACGUUUGCAUUGCAAAACAAAAACGUAAUGUUAUUGGCUAAACAACUCAUCGAAAGAGGCGUUCUCGCGCAAUUUUCCCCUCGUUUGUUGCCGAUUACAGGUAUUUGCUUCGAACUGGUUCAUUUGUGUAUUUCGAUGGACUAAAUAGUUUUUGCUUUCUUUUCACUUCACGUAUUUGAGAGGGGAGACUUUGAACUCUCUCUCCUAUGUUAAAGAUUCAAAGAAAAUUUAUCCAAAAAAUGCCCUGCACUUUCCCCAGAUCACCUUGACUUCACCCCUUCCAUUUGUUUGCCACUUAAUUCUACAGGGUGUCAUUAACCGAGUGUAGGAGAGAGAGUUACCUAUAAUAUUCUCAGCGUUUUAAGGAAGUUAAGACGUUAUGAGUCAUUCAAAAGUGGUUGUCAGUUCAGAUCUUGCAUAAGACGUUGACAAAUUUUAUUACUAUUACUUUUAAGGAUGAAAAUGAAAACUCAUCUGAUGAGGAGGACAAAAAUAGGUAAGAGUAACAAAUAGACAGAUAUAGCAGCGUUCGUUUGUCUAGCAAGUAACCCUUUCAGACUAACUGAAAAAUAAAAACCUUCUUAGUGUCCUUGUUUUAAAAUGUGAGCCGAAAUACGAAUGUUCCACUACGUUAAAAACCCUAUUUGGGGCGUCCAAGAAGCCAAUAGACUGUUUGAGGUGUAUUAGUGUUCUCAAAUGGUCCCUUGUUGCCCUUCAUGUUACUCGCAUAUUAGAAACAACUGUUAAGGAUAAUUUUCGAAUACGAUUCUUGUAAAGAUCGCCUAAAACCGUUUCUCCCGCUACUUUGCGGAUUUCACAGCGUUCCUCUCUAACUUACACAGCCGCUCUUGCUGAAAAUCAAACGAUUUUCUUCUUACAAUUAGUUUGCGUUGACUUAAUGAAUGCAUAAUAGUACUGAAUUUAGUAUACAAAUAGAGUAAACAUUUCUUACCUGUAUGUUGACGCCAUUUCAGUGACAGUUCUCAAAGUACGGAAGUCGAAGAGGAACAUCCUCGAGAGGACAAUGGGUAUUCCCUGGAAAGGGAAUCACCCUUUCAUCAGGUGAGGUCAUCAUCGUGAAUCUCUCAACAUCUGCCGAAACAAAUAACUAUUGCUUAGGAGGAGGAAGAGGAAGAAACAAUGAAUCAAGAAGCACAACAAGCCACAGACCAGGAAUGUGGUCCACGAGGAGCUAUCUGGUAAGACAAAAACUUGUAUGGAAAAAAUGAUAAUUAAAUAAAGCCCAACUUGACCGCCUAUGAUCAAGUAGGAUUAGUAUAUAAACCCUGCAACCCUGCAAGUCGCGUACUACCGAGUUUAUAUACUAAUCCUACUUGAUCAUAGGCGGUCAAUUUGGGUUUAUUUAAUUAUCAUAUUUACACCAGUAGACAAUUAAAAAAAGGAAACAUUCCAUGAAUUUAAAUUCAGUUGUAUAUCAAGGAUUUAACAUAAUUCUACACGUCUUAUUUCAGUGGUUUAGCUUCUCAGCUGCCCUAUCACAGUUCUGCAGUCUCUCAGGUAGGUACAAAUCAUCGAUCACAGUGCAGUGUAUAACUUUGUGGUAACUAAAUAAUUAUCGCUUUGACCCUUUAGAAAAUAAGUUUGGUUCUUGUUCUUUUCUUUUUUGGUUGUUUUGUUGUUUGUUUAUUCAACUUUAAUUUGUAGCAAAUCAAUAAAAGAUGUACGGUUUCUUUACUGACUUCUUUUUUUUCAGAACCAGCCAGAGAGAUAUGCCCAGCUAGCAGCUGCAGGGCAAAUAAGGUAAUGAGCGUAAAGACACACAUGUAACUGGGUUGUGCUUUAUGGAAGUCAGAAUGUCCAGACAAUAUAAAAGGGGGAUGGGCAAAACGUUUUUUUCAUUUCCAAUUGGAUUGUGAUAGUAAUGCAAGACAAUCAAGGUGAAGGUUCCCAGAUGAUGCCGUCAGGGAAAGUUUUCAAUUGACCAAUUGUAACACCACAGUACACUGGGUCGUAAAAGUUGCAUUAGCUCUGACACUACAAAACAAUUUUUAAACAAAAGAAACGUGGUUAUUGACAAAGCUGUUGCAAAGAUCUUACGACACAUUAACUACUCUAUAAUUCGAUUCUCCUCGCCUACUGUUGUACAUUUAUCUCACUUUUAGGUCCCAGAAUUUUGUGGCAAAUUCGGAACGGGCGCGUGCACAGCCGCAGGUAGGUAGUGAGGGAAAUAGGGUAUUAACACAGUAUUAUUUACGCCCCAUGUAUUAUACAUGUCAUACAUUAAUAAAAGGGUAUCUUGCAGUUAAAACUUCUGAGCCCUCCUUUUCCAUAAGCUUAUGUAAAUAAACACGAUAAACUUAGAAGAAUAGAAAAGCGAUUCUGAGAAUCGUUUGAUAUGCAGGUUCGUAAGCUUUGCAAUCACGGAAAUCCAGUAAGCCUUGAAAACAAUGUAACCUGCUUUAAAAAAAGAACGCAAAGUGCGUUGUCAGUUGCAUCUAAAUGCGCUGGAAAAAAGGAUAACGAUGCAAUUUUGUUUUUAUAGAGACGUAUAUAAACUUGCUACGCCAUAACCAGGAAAAUGAGAUCAUAGUGGGUUGCCAGACCUUUUUUUUCCUGGUAGAAUACAUUUCUUGUUAACUUAGAUGUCGUGUAUUAAUCUGAUGAAGUAAUGGUAGAGCAGUACAGCGUGGCCUCUCGUUCGAGGCAUCUACAUCGAGUGGACAGCAUUUUUAGUCUUAACCUGGGUACAAGAGGUUUUAGUCGCGUGCGGCGUAGAUGUUUCGGGGUCGGUCGCAGGCCGCACGCACGAGCGGCGCAUUAAAAGUCUCUGGCACCCAGGGUAUUUUAGUCUUGACAGACCACGGUAACGUCCCUAUAACAUACACAUUAUUCAAAGAAAGCCGGACGUAUACUUUUUUCAGUCUUAACGGUAUUUCGACUUCUGCUGACAAAAAAAACCUAACUGACUUAAGCAACUGGUGUGACUGAGAAAUAUAAGAAAAGAUGACUGACCUAAAGUUAUCAAACCCCAAGUAUUGGACGUGUGACAAUUUAAGGAACAUGGACGACAUUUUUACUUUCCCGGUAUUUUUUCAAGUCUAACUUAAACUUUAUCAUAUCUUCCACAGCACCACGAGGAAACUGGUCCCAUGGCAGUAAUUACCUUUGUACUUGUCUUGUAUUCAUUAAAUGCUAUGUAGGCAUCAUUUAAAUAAAAGUUGUGUUAAAAUUAUGCUGCUUGGUUUAAUUUUGAUGACACAACCCUACCCUUCAGUUUACUUUAAUGCAACAAAUGGCACUCUUUGAAUGAUUAGUGACGUCCAAAAAUGGUAUUUUAUUGUUUCUGUAGACUGCUAGCAGUCCGCCUUUUCUGUUACAUCCGUCAAGUUCUCAAACGGAGUGAGCGCGUAAGUACUAAGGACUAGGGCGAGAACAGAGAAGGCGCUCAUUGUAGAAAAAUCCUCGGGCCAAACUGCGAGUAUCGAAAAGCUGGACGGUACUAUCCACUAAAAUACAAAUAUUUUUUUAGUGGAAAACACAACUGGAUUUCCUUUGUUAACGAUUAUCAACAAGAUCUGCGCCCCCUGAUACGUGCGUAAGCGCGUAAAAAUUACGUGCGUAAACAGAAAAAGAGGCAAUGUGUGAAAUGUCGCGCGUUGACGUAGAAGUUGAAACUCGCUCAACUUUUAUGUUAACUACCCACUAACGAAACUGAGCUCUUUUCUAUUAUAAUAUGCCUGGACGCUACCAAAUUUGUAUUGGUAAGCGUCCUUAUUCUUGUAGAGAAGAUUUGCCAGAAACUUUGGGAAAAACCACGGCCCAAGAAUAAAAAAAGUCCACUUCCGGCUGACGUGUGUCGCCGAACACGCGUAAAAAUUUCCGUACGUGUGCACACAGAAACGGAAUUACGCGACAGUGGAAAUCCACAUUAAAAGAAGGGCUUUCACUCUGAAUACUUGAAAAUUUGUCGCGAGACAGGAGUUACGCAGACCAUACCGACCCUCCCCAUCCCCAAUUCUCACUAAGGGCUCUGACUUGUCUAAAGCAUGCAUGCGCGCUUCUAGUUGGCUUUGUCAUUUUCAACCACUUCCUGCUAAUAUUAACUUUCUCGUGACAUGAUUUACUGAGUUAGCUGUGUGGUGUUAAAGUCUAAUAGGAAAAAACAGCUACAAUAGCCGUCACAUUUGUUGAAACGCCUGUCAGUUUACACCCCACGCAAUGUUGAUUCACGCACAAAAAAAAAAAAGCUAUGCGACUCUUAACGCCAGGAAAGGAGAGGAGAAGAACACAGAGAAAGAUGGACAGGACGGUUGUGAACUGAGGUAUGAAAUGAAAAAUCCCUAGCUUUCGUCUAAGGUUUUAAAAAAAUUUGACAAGCACUGUUGCUGUCCACAGUGGAUGACACUCGCGAACUUUACGUUAAAUGAAGGGUUAACACUUUAACCCAUUACCACGAUAAUCCUGGGUUAUUUUAAACCAGCUUUGGACAACCCGACCCUGUUUUAGAUCAGAAGAAAGACUUAGAAUCCUACCAAAGGCCAUCGCCAGCUCUUUACGCCUAACGUGUAUCAGAUUAGCGCGCUUGUAGCUGGGGGUCACGUGACCUAUCUCAUGCUAAAAAAAACUCUCUAAAAAAUACCAGAGUCGGUAUGAUACCAAGGUGCUUCGAAUAACGGUGCUUCAAUUAUCACUGGAAGAAUUCGCCGGACCGCAAGCAGUCAGGUUGCCCUCCAAUACUUUUUCCCAUACAAAUAGUAAUAAUUUUCCAUACAUUCCAAAGACCCAUAUAUUUCACCGAUAAUCGAUAAUGGUGAAAUUACGUUCUCGGGUACAGUUCCACCCUUGUUUAGUUAAUAGCGUACCGUUAAAAAAAAGAGAGAGUUACUCGCGGGCAGGCUUAAAGGGACACUUUCACAACACAACGUAAAACGUAAGGAUUUAGUCGAACUCCUUAGGAUGGCCGUACAAUGUGAAUUGCGCUUUAUAUGAACAGGCUGAUAGAGUUGCCAUAGGUUCCCCAAUCGGGCCUUUUGCAGCAAACGCCUUUCGAUAAGAAGAAAACCUUGAGCGCAAAGCAAAACUCCAACGAAACAACACCAACUGACUUCCUUGCCACAAUAAACCGCGCCCACUACUACAGAAGUUCACAGCCAGGGCAUUCUUUCCUUCGUUGGUAUUCAGCAUCCCGAAUAGAAGCGAAGAAGGUUUAUAUGACACCUGCUGGCACUUGUCUAUUACGACACUAUCAGAGCUACAGGAAAGAAGCUCAUAAAAACUUUGCUUUACCGUGCACAUAAAUUGUCCUCGUCUUCUCGGUAGAGUGAAGUCGAUUAAAGACUGUAUGUGUACGAGUGAGGAAGUACUCACAACACCAAAAACACCAGAAAAAAGUGAACAUUAAACAGUUUGGUAUCUCAAAGGUUUCUAUCCUUUGAAUUCACGCCAGAAACGAAUUCACUGUAGAUAAUUAUGUUUUAAUCAAUUUCUCGUUGGAAGCAGUAAGUAGCAAUAAUUCCCGAACUCGGCCAAGUAUGCAACAUAUCAAGUCAUUGUUUUUACGUUCUAAGUUUCUAACUGAGUAGUUAGAGCCAAACGGAGUGGAUGUUUUGCUGGACUUCAAAGCAGUCCUAGACAGUAUGGACGCCUUGCGAGCCUAUUUCGUUAACAGCUUUCCACUUUGUCCCAUGACUCUCUGCAAGCUUCGACAAUCGCUUUGCGCAUGCUUCAAUCGAUGUAUGGCACGAAAGAAAGGAGUUUAUUUUGAAGUUUGGCUCGAGGAUAUCGGACGCAUCAAAAGACAAAGUAAACAACACCGGUAAGUAAAGAACCUCAAAGAGAAGACACCUAUACUUUUUAGAUUUCACUUACUGUGGGCUCCGCCAUGCGCUGUGUUACAGAAAAGAAGAGAAUAUAAUCAAUGUUACACUUCACUUCGUACACAACAGGUUGUUUGAAAUUAAUCGCUCCUUGCGUGUGGCUAAAAAUUGCCAAAAUCAACAUGGAAUUAGAACAACAAAUACAGAAAGAACAACAUUUGGAAGUGGGGCUCACUAGAUCAUGGCAUGAUCUAGGAAUCUUAAACGGUUCACAAGUAGCCACAUGUCAUUGUACUAAGUGUCUAACACUGACUGAAUACAAGACGAUCUGUUAUGGUAAUGUACAAUUUUGCGGCUAUCGAGUAACGCAACCUUCCCACUAAUUAAGCUGUCUUUAAUCAGUCGAUAAGUAAGGAGAUAAAUGUUUCCACUUCCCACAUAAUACCUAAUGUGAGCAGAUAGUCUUAUCGUUUUGUCAAAUACGUUGAUUCCACGGUUUUAUCACAAUGGCGGCGUAAACAAUCACGAUGAUUCCGCUCCAGUGACGCAAGAGUACAUAACGUAAAGCUCCCGCCCACAUUCAAAAGCCACGCGACAUUUAAUAGUUCUUUACUUGACUGAUUAAGAGGUAUUAUAAUAAUAUUGACGGAACUUAACACAAACAUCAGGGGCACUUGAUACACGUUAAAUUAAACGCUUGACAACACAGACCACAUAGUGCUAUUUGUAGAUUGAAAACAUCAACUUUGACGUAAUAGUUAGGUCACAGGCAGCAGAGGAGUUAUUUAUGUCCUUGAUUGCAGUUAAAUUUUUCAGUUAAUGGCAUGAUGCGCCUUUGUUUGUAUUAAACCAUCAUGCGAUCUUGUUACUGGUGUAAAAUAUAAUCCUUACACAAGUUCAUAUUCGAUUCUACAGUAAACAAAGGCACAUAUCGCUCUAUGAGCUGAAAAAUUUAACUGCAAUCAAGGACACAAAUAACUCCUCUGCUCCCUGUGGUUAGAUCACACAGAUUGCAGUCAAGUUACGUUUCAGAUUAAGCCAAUCUCGGUUGGCCCUCCAGAGGUAUCGUCCUAUUCAAAAAAAAUAACAUUACAUGGGAACAAAGCCCGUAAGAAAAAGGAAAUAUUUUAAAAAGCUAAAAACAAAAAAAAUACUUUACACCUGUCUCUGGAGUUGACACUAGCGGAAGUUCGAGUAUGGCACAGACAACUAAUAUUAAAUAGUUCAGUGCCAAUAACUUUAAAAAACCAAAUACCUCGGAAAAUACAUCAAUGUUGUGUGUCAACAUUUACUUUGCUACUACUAAAACUCUACUGUAAAAGUGUUUCAUCCAUGUUUAAAGAGUUUACUUAAUAACCCUUUCCUUUUUCAAGCCUUUUGAAAUAAAAAAAUUAUCAUUCAUUGAGCUACGUCGGCUUGGCAUUAACAAAAUGGCUUAGAACGAGGUUUUGUUAAAAACUGGCUUAAGUCAUAUUUAAUAACUGACCCUCACCGUCCACGGUUCACAGACCAAGCUCUCAGUAAUUGCUCAUACGCACCUAUCGUGUGUCUAAUUCACGCACUCUACAGACUAACCAAGAAUUAUUUCAAUGUUAAAAUCUUACAUAGCUAAGAUAAAAUAAUGUUGAAGCCAAGCACUUAUAACGGAAAAACUAUUUAAGGACAUUUAAGAGUACAGGAAGUAGGCUCAGGAAUUAAAUGCCCCCCACAAAACGCUCGUAUUUAAAAUAUCAGGAAGUCACGCCAGUUCAAUCCAAUGAGACAAAUGCACUCUUUUCUUUCAUAAGAAUGUUGUUCUUCAGGCGCUGGCUGAAUACUCUUAUUCUUCUGCCAAUUUUUGGCUUGUAUAAUUCUUGAGUUACAGCUUUUGACAUUUCCAUUAAACAAUGUGUUGGGCUAUAAGCUGCAGUUAAUGCACAUUUUUCCGUUUUGAUGGCUAAAUUUCCCAUUAAGAGAAAGGAAUAAUUUUACGGUUAAGUUAAAAACGUAUAAUUAUAUUGUAUUUACCAAUUUUCAACACAAAAUUAUAUCCUUUUCAAAAUAUUGGCCUUGGGUUUAUUCUUAUCAUAUUCUUACAAUUUCGCAAAUUUCAGCCUCGGUAUAUAAAAUAUAUUCUUAUAAAAAUCAGAGUGUAGAUUCCAGACUUCUUUUAUUGUUUUUAAUGUACGCAAGGCUUAACUACGGGCCAUGUUAUUUGACGUCGAAACUUACUGAAUGAAUUAAGAAUAAUAUUUUAUAUUAGGAAUCAAGCGUUUGAAAAAUUUAACGCGUCAAUAGAUCUGGUUUUAGUGUGAUUAAUUAUCUAGCAAUCACAAUUUUAAUGAAUUUUUCGUACUUUUAUCAUUUUAGGUAUCCCUGUAGCGUUGCCGUAAUUCAACCCUUGGAUUGCAAGGUUAUAUAAAAUACGCUCUAACGACAUUAUAUAAAUGACGGCUAACAAUAUAGUGUUUUUAUCUAAUCUUUUUUCUUUUCUUUCUUUUUUUUUUCAGAUGGCUGAAAAGAAGGUAAGGGCUUUUUUUCAUAAAGAAUGCUGGUUAAGAUCGUACCUCUAAGCGUUUAAUAGGGUCUCUCAAAGGAUUAAAGUGGACUCAAACUAAAACGAUUAUAAUUUGACAGCCUGUAACUUAGAAAUGAAAAACUUUAUCGUAUCGAUUUCUUGUGGAUUUGAAAGGGAACAGUUCUUUUACGCUAUUAACAACUGCACCGCUGGUUGGAGGUUGGGUGCCUCCAGUAUCCAGGGGCUUCCACUGCUUUGGGCAGCCACCUCCUAUAACAAAUAACACCAAAGGUGGCCCAAGAUCAAAAUAUAACCAUAGGCACUGUUGCGUAACGCUAAAAAUAGAUAAAUUUGUGUGGGAGAAAAAAACAAUUGUGUCUGUAGCCUACGAAUGUGAAAGGAUUUAAAUAGAAAUAGGCUAACCUUGGUUAAGUUGUGUGUUUCUUCUUUGGUGUGUGGUUUCCAAUCCGAUUUAUGGCCAUUUGAAAGGGUUUUAUCGGAACCGGUAUGCUCCCUCUAUAAUCCUUUCCUAUAAAUCGGCUCGGAAACCACAUGGCUGGCAUAACAGCACAACCAACCAAUGAGCCCUUUUACAAAGGAAAACCAUGCACUUACGUAACGUGAAGGAUGUAGCGAACUAAUGAGUAUGCGAAUACGGAUCGACCACUGACCACUAGAACUGGUAGCGCUCUAACAUCAUUUAAAUACAUUAUAAGAAAAAAAAUUAUGGGGUUUCUUAAAACUAAAGUUAACUAUCAGUUCUGAAAAUGUAUGAUCUCUCUUAUUUUUUUUUUUAGACGGGGCCAGAGGCUUCAAAUGGAGAAGACAACAGCCAGCUGAGCCAGUGAGAUCUCUUCCUCAUUCCUUAAUAGUCUUACUAUUUUUAUACAUUUUUACGCAGAAAAUUUGGAGAAGUACACAUUCGAUCAAAUUUACUUAUAAAAACGUGACUUUUUCCUUAUGAAACCCUUGAUGUCUUGUUUUUUUUUCUUAUGCCUCUACGUCUCGUAGCUAAGGAACUGUCUGGAUAAAAAAAAACAAUUAACGGAAAAAUAUUUGUUCUAGGGGUCAGGCUCACGAAGAGGAAGACGAACAGCAAAAUUUACAGCUGGUUAAUAGAAACAAUACAUUGGAGGAUGGAAAUGUAUGUAACAGUCUUAGCACUCAUUUAGACCUACACGAAAGUGAUUUUAUGAAAGGUCAGAUGUAAAAGUGCAUGACCUUUAGUUCUGAACGUUUUCUUGCUCAUGUUAUCAAGAUUCAUCCCACCUUUAACAGAGAACUGUUAACAAGAGAGGUGCCAAUAACAAAGAUUUCUUAGAAAGAAAAUGGAUACUGAUCCCUUAUUGACAUUAUUUAAUAUCUAAUACUUUGUUCUGUGAAAAAAAAGGACAGGUUCCACAUUGUUUUCAACCACCACGACUCCAACAACGUGUUUACCUUCUUUUAUACUAGCUCUUUCCUCUGCCCGGUUGGACGGAAAAAGGACAAAGAGUGCAGCAGUGCACUGAAGAGAACCCCCCAGGGUAUGGCAUAAAAUAAAUAGAGGAUAUUACAUGGCUGCGCGGAGGCGAACGAGUGAAUAUUUUUUCAACACGAGAAGAGAAAUUUCGUAUCUCCAAGCGGCCAUGUAAUGUUCUAUUUACUAUAUAAUCACCAAUGAACUACCAAACCAUUUCACUUUAAUAGUUUUUCCGUGUGAAAGGCGCAAUUUAUUAUGAAGCCAUAGCAACAGUGAUAUUUUCACAUGUGAAGAUAACAUGUUAUCAUUCGAAGCAAAUGUUUCUUCCUUUUCAUUGGCCGAGAGCCCACCACGUGACCUGCAAAUAACUGCCUACAAAUAAUGGUCUGCUCAUGCGCCAUGUCGUUCAACUGUUUUUGGCUGCAAAUACUAUUCUGCUCAUGCGUAAAUGAAACCACACUUUUCUCCUUCUUGCGAUCGCCUUUGCGUGAAAAUGGCAGAUCGCUUCGCUUCCCGAAGAUAUUCCUUAAAAAACAAACUCGGUGAUCGAAUGAUAAAACAAUUAUUGAACUCGGUUAUCGCAAAAUAUCGUGAUUUGUCAGUGUCUCGCAGAUCAAUUAUUUGCCUCAGCCUUCGGCUUUGGCAAUUAAUUGAUCGGCUCGCCACAGACAAAUCACGACAUUUUGCGAUAACCGAGUUCAAUAAUUCUUAAUUAUUCCCAGAACGUGCCUGGACUCUUGAUUGUCGGAUCUGUUCGGUGUAAAUCAAGAGAGGAUAAAGGAGACAGAGAAGGCAUCCCCCAUACACACCCUGUUCCACAGGUAAUUCGUCUCGAGAUAUUUUUAGAAUCGAGAUAAAGUUACCUCGCGCGCUGCGUGGAUGUUUCGUGGAGGUUCCGCAUGACUAAACGCCGUGCAAAACAUGUCGGGCGAAAGGCACUGAAAGCGUAAAGAGAUCGAGAGCAUUUCUGAAUAUUGAAGCGAAAUGAGUCGGGGCUCACCUGGGAAAAGGAAAUCGCUGGACUCUUUGACAACCUGUGAAAUCAAUUUAACUCGAAGUUGUCGUAACCUCAGUACUUUAACAAAAUGAGAAAUUUCGCCAGUCUAUUGAAACCGGUCCUUUGUAUAAUAAAGCAAGUAAGACGCCAAGUGUUAUUUUUGUUGAAUAAUAAAAGACUAAUAAAAGAAUGAAUAUCAAACCAGAAAUUGCUCUCUUCAAACUGUAAAUUAUAAAUGAUCCUGAGAGAAUAUUCAGUGUGUUAGGGAUUUCCCUGCUCUACUGUUAGCUCUAGCUAUACAAGAAAGGAAAGGGGAUUCUUUUUUAAUUUCCGUUUCGCUGACACAGCUUUAGCAGAAAUCUCUCUUUAGUCGUUUUCGUCGACAAAACAAAUAGGAAUAUCGCUCUCCGCGUCUUUUGCCAAUUUUUUCUGCGUCAAUUCGUGAAGGACGCGUGGCUCUGAGCGUGGGUCAUCCACGCGGAAAACAUUCGCGCCAUGUGAUUGGCUGUUAUCUAAUCCCCCUGGGGAUCUAUGGUCUUAAAAAUAACUGGAGACGAAUUACCUAUGAAAUAGGGUGUGUAUGGGGGAUGCCUUCUCUGUCCCCUUUAUCCUCUCUUGGUGUAAAUGUAUGGUACAACGGGCGACAAAAACGUGAAACGAGCUGAAAAGCCUUGUUGUGCGUUUAACAACCCAAAUUCAAACGUGUCUUGCAACAGAUCAGGUUGUUGCAGGUCGCAAAACGUUGUUGUAGAAAUUAGAGAGUAGUUCUCCUUUUUGCAACCAAAUCUGUACAUGCUGCGCAGUUUAACGGCCCAAGGCGAACUUUUUUAGCAACAAGUGACGUAGCUUCCGUGUAUAUUGUGACGUCCGAGUAAUUUUAACCAAUCAGAAGUUAGUAUUCACACAUCUUGCAACAGCCUGAUUUGUCGCAAGACAGGUUUGAACGUCAACAUCGUUUUUCAACUCGUUUUGCGGCAAUGUUGCAAAACAAGUUGCAUGUUUUUGUUACCCCUUAAGCCGUAGCUAAACUCGCAUGACGCUUUGGCAACUCUCCUCAUGUUUCCACUGAACUAGUCUGAUUCUACUAAAUAAGCAAUUGGCCAAACGAAACGCGCGCACAAAUCAGUGGGUGUAGAACAACAGUAAAACGUUUGUGUUAUAAGCAGUCUUUUCCGCUUUAUUUCUUCUUCGUGCGUGCUUCUAGAAGUUAAGAUGAGGGGUACAGUUUUGCUAUUUUUACCCUCAAGAUGACUUGAUCAGUCGAAAACGUUUGGUUUAAUAUUUAUACAAUAUUUUAGACAUAAGAUAGUAGUUUAGUUUCAGUUCUAUUUCUUUUUUAUUUAUUUAUUUAAUUCAAUAUUUAUCCAGGGGCAUCCAAUUUAGCAGAGCUAGUUUAAAUGGAGACCUGACACAACACAAAAACAAAGACAUUACACAUUAAGACUAGACAAUUACGUUAAAAAGGCAACAUGUUCCGCAGGCGUUACUGUUUAAAAUGACGCUUUAGCUUGAUUUUAAAUUCGCUGAGCAUCUCUACUUGUCUAAUGAUUCUCGGUAAGGUGUUGUAGGUCCGAGCACCGCUUAUUCUGAAGCUACCUUGGUAUUUAGUAGUUUUUGCGAAGGGAGGGCGCAGCAAAUCACGGCUUUUGGUGUUAUAGCCAUGGAAAAGGUGCGCGUGCCUAAACUCAGUAAGUAAGUGCGAAGGCGCUAUUCCGUGAAUACACUUAUGAACUAAGACACAUUUGAGAUAAUUCCAUUUUCUUGGCUACUCACUUAAUUUAUGGUAAUCAAAAUGUAAUACUCCUCAACAAUAUUGCAAUUAAAUACACAAUAUAAAGAGUAAAACAACACUUCUUUUGAUCUUUCCUUUUAGGGGUAUCGACACUGAAACAGGAAAUCCCCAGGUAGGCAUUUACGACGUACAAAUGUAGCUUUUAAAAAAGGUAUCUCCUAGAAUAAGUGAAACACGAAGAUCGGAUUUAGAUUUUUGAUCUAAUGAAUCUACUUGGGCCAUGGGUUCCUCUUUAUGUUCACAAUCCAGUACUGUAUAUUUUUUGUAAAACAAAGGAAAAGAAAAUCCCUUUUUGGAUGCAAGAACUGAACCCGUAUUUCCAUUCUCUCAAAGAAACGUACCACCCUUAGACGAGCUUUCUAAUGGUGUCGUAUGUUAGAUUUAAGAUAGUUUUAUUACAAAAAUGUAUUUGGGAGUUUAAUCUCUAGUUUCUUCGAAACUUAACAGACCCGAUGCAAAAAUGGCUGUUGGAUUAAUAUUCUUUCGUUUAAAUCAAAAUUAGCCUGACUAGCCUCCUUCUUCAGUACAAAAUUAAAAAGAAUACAUUAUCUCAAGUUGGGCUAGUCAGGCUAAUUUUAAUUUAAACAAAAGAAUAAUAAUCCAGCAGCCAUUUUUGCAUUGGGUCCAUGAGUAUGGGCACCCUUGGCAUGAUGCUGUGCUAAUUCUUUCUUACAUGUCGCUUUUAUUUUACAUUUUUUCACAGGAACACGAAUGUUUGUGUCAGACAUGUCAAAGCACAUAG